UGCCCCGGAUCGGUUCCGCAGUCGUUUUCAGUAUUCCCUGUACGUUUGCCGUGCUCUGACAGGUGUUGUGUACGGUCGUCCGCGUUUUGGCCGUCGCGUAUUGUUCUUCGGAUCGUUUCACGCCACUUUCUCUUUCCCGUUUUGCUUCGAUUCCCCGCGAUGUCGUCCCGCGGCCGCGAUCAAAUGGAUGUUGUCCGACGUCGUCGCUAGGAGAACUGAAAUCGCGCGUCGAUGACAAUCUGAAGCGGUCGCGUCCAACAGUUGUUGUUUGUCCGCAUAGGUACAAAUUGCGUGUUCGUAAACAAUUGUAAGCAAGAUGGCUGAAGCCCAUUCAGCAGUUGCAUUUUCAUUUUCUAUCACUCACGAAGGUUGGGAUGUAAAUUUUGAUCGUGAAGUGCUUCAUUUAGUUUGGGCAUCUGGAAUUCGUUCUUGGAAAAAACGUUUAGCUAGAUUUAAAAAUAAUGUACGGAAUGGAAUUUUCCCAGCACCAUUACAAAGUCUUUGGGCUAUGAUGGGUAUUGUACUUGCUCUUCGUUAUGGAAAUAAUAGCUUUGUAAAAUGUACUGAUGUUAUAUUACAGUAUUUACCGGGAACAUCAUUUAUAUGGCAUCUAGUUUCUUGUUUUAUUUUAUCCUUGGUAUUUUGGUUGAUUUUAAUUUACAUUAUAAGAUAUACAUUUAAGCUCCUGUUGAUGUACAAAGGCUGGAUGUAUGAAAGCAGAGGAGGAAAAAAAGUGUCUUUGACUACUAAACUUUGGAGUAUAGGCGUAAAAUUACUUUCUUCUAAAAGUAAACCAUUACUUUAUAGUUAUCAAGGUUCUUUACCAAAACUUCCUCUGCCUGCAGUUAAGGAUACUAUGAAAAGGUAUUUGAACAGUGUCCGUCCAUUAAUGAAUGAUACAGAAUAUGAAAGUAUGGUAAAGUUAGCUAAUGAAUUUGAAAAUGGUAUUGCAGUUAAGCUUCAGCGAUACUUAUGGUUGAAAUCAUGGUGGUCGAGUAAUUAUGUAUCGGAUUGGUGGGAAGAAUAUGUCUAUUUAAGAAGUAGAACACCUUUAAUAGUUAAUUCAAAUUUUUAUGGCACUGAUGCUAUAAUGUUACAUUCAACAUCUAUUCAAUCUGCCCGUGCUGCAAUGAUAAUUUGGCAGUGUUUGCAAUAUAGAAGGCUUAUUGAACGUCAAGAGCUUGAACCAAUACGAGUUCAAGGAAUGGUUCCUUUAUGUUCAUGGCAAUAUGAAAGGAUAUUUAAUACUACACGUGUUCCUGGGGCUGUAAGUGAUAAAAUAGUUCAUUAUAACGAUAGUAGACACAUUGUUGUGUAUCAUGCUGGAAGAUAUUUCAAAGUCAUUAUCUAUAGUCAAAAUCGUAUACUUCAUCCUUGUGAAAUUGAAGUACAAAUACAAUCAAUUCUCAAGAAUACAGAUAAACCAUAUGUUGGAGAAGAAAAAGUAGCUGCUUUGACAGCUGCUGAUCGAACACACUGGGCAAAUACACGUACUAAAUUCUUUUUUAAGGGCAUAAAUCGACAAAGUUUAGAUGCUAUUGAAAAAGCCGCCUUUGUAGUUGUAUUAGAUGAGGUUCCAUAUGAAUAUGAUCCUGAAAACUCAAAGAAAUUGGAUGAGUUUGGAAGAAUAUUAAUGACUGGUAAAGGAUAUGACCGAUGGUUUGAUAAAUCAUUUACUCUCUGUAUUGGCUCGAAUGGAAGAGUUGGUUUUAAUGCUGAGCAUUCCUGGGCUGAUGCCGCUGUUAUGUCUCAUCUUUGGGAGUUCAUAAUUUUUAAUGAAGCCGCAUAUUCUGGGGCAGAUGCACCGGUUAUGGGUCAUUUAUGGGAACAUUUUCUUUGCGGCGAUCUAGUAUUAGGAUAUCAAGAAAAUGGACACGUAAAAGGUGUACCUGAAAUUGAACCACCAAAACCAAUUAGACUUCAAUGGAAUUUAGAACCAGUAUUAGAAGCUAUUGAAAAAUCAUAUGAAGUUUCCUUAGAAUUAUUAAAUGAUGUUGAUCUUCGUAUUUUGGUAUUCAAUACCUAUGGCAAAGGAUUUAUGAAAACAGCUAGAGUCAGUCCUGAUGCAUUUAUUCAAAUGGCACUUCAACUGGCAUAUUAUAGAGAUGCUGGUAAAUUUAGUUUGACAUAUGAAGCUUCAAUGACCAGACUAUUUAGAGAGGGUAGGACUGAGACUGUUAGACCUUGUACUCUACAAUCAUCAGCUUGGGUGAAAUCGAUGUUGGAUCCAAAUAUCAGUUUAAAUGAACGUAUUACUCUAUUGAGAGAAGCUUGUGCAACUCACCAGAGAGGUUAUCAAGAUGCCAUGUGUGGAAAAGGAAUUGACAGGCAUUUGUUUUGUUUGUAUGUAGUUUCAAAGUAUUUAGAAGUGGAAUCGCCAUUCUUAAAUCAAGUAUUGAGUGAACCAUGGAGAUUAUCAACAUCACAAACACCACAUGGACAGACUACUCAGUUUGAUUUAAAGAAAUUUCCUAAUUGCAUUUCAGCUGGUGGUGGAUUUGGCCCUGUAGCCAAUGAUGGAUAUGGUGUUAGUUAUAUUAUAGCUGGAGAAAAUCUGAUUUUCUUCCAUAUAUCGAGCAAAAAGAGUUCUCCUCAUACUGAUUCAAAUAGAUUUGCAGUUCGUAUUACAGAGGCUUUAAAUGAUAUGAAAACUCUGUAUGAAGAUUGGGAAAAAAGUACAAAAAAGUUAAGCUCAUAAUAUGAAUGCAUAGUAUGUAAUAUAUUUUGUUUUGAAAUCUA